GCGCAAUAGUGAACUUCCGUUUUAAGCCGUGGAGGAUUUGCCAGAAUUUUCUUUACUAAAUUGUCGGAUUUCAUUUCUCUCUUUGAUCAGAUUUGUGCUAAAAAAUGGGUGCUUCUGCAUCAACUGAUGCUGCGGCAAGUCUUACUGUACCACAACCAGCUGUUGCUGCAACUCAGACGCCUAGGUCUCGUGGAGACAGAAGCACAAUACAAAACGUUCCAGCAGAAUGCCCUAUGCAUCAAAAGACUGCAUCGCCUCCUAGCGAGUGUCCAAUGAGUGAGAACUACCAGAAACCAGCAUAUCCUUCAGAAUGUCCGAUGCAUCAGGAAGGAAGUCCUAAGCUAGUUACAGAUGUCAACACUAAUGAUAUUGAUCCAGCCAAUUUGAUGCCACCCCCAAACCAGCAGCCCUCUCCUGGACAGCCAUUCUCCUUGCCAGUCAACAGGGAAACGUCAACCAUUCCGAGGGCUGGGACAGGUGGUAACUGGGAAUAUCCCUCCCAGCAGAUGUUCUGGAAUGCUAUGAUUCGAAAAGGCUGGCGGUGGAAGGAUGAUGAUGUUUCGCCGAAUGACAUGUCACACAUUAUCAGGAUCCAUAAUGCAAACAAUGAGCAGGCUUGGCAAGAGGUUCUCAUGUGGGAGGCCCUACAUGCAAAGGAAUGUGGACAUCCGCAGCUAGUUCGGUUUGGCGGACGGGCAAAAGAUUUUUCACCAAGGGCGAGGAUGCGGUCUUGGAUGGGAUACGAGUUGCCAUUCGAUCGGCAUGACUGGAUCGUGGACCGUUGUGGAAAAGAAGUGCGGUACAUCAUUGAUUAUUACGACGGUGGCGUAGUGGAUGAAGAGACGAGUCGUUUUGCAAUCCUCGACGUACGACCUGCCAUGGACUCGUUUGAGAACGUUUGGGAUCGGAUGAAAGUUGCCUGGUGGCGCUGGACUGUGAAACAGGAUGAUCAGAGUUGAAAAGAGUGACAUUGUUCUAGGACUGCUGAGAAUUGAUCUACUUAAAGGAAGAGUAGCUCAAGAUAAUGCCAGGCUGGCACUGAGGAAGUUGACAGUCUCUGUAGGACGGUUUUUGAUCCAUCAGGAAAUGUUUACAAAUGUCCUUUGAACUGUCGGUGCACACUUUUCGGUUAAUGUGUCUGUGAACGUCCCACAAUGCAGUGGUUGUUUUGUUUUAAAUUGAGAUACUUCUCAUGAUCCUCCGUUUAUUGAGAGGUAACUUUGUGGUUUGCACUACAUACAUUAUGUAUGGAUACACAGCUGUACAGAGACCAGUCCUGGGAAAAAUCAAAUCAAAAAACGUACAAAACAUUCUUUAUUUGUACAAAUUGUACUUUUUUAGUGUAUUGAUAUAUAUUGCACCUUCUACAGUGGAACUCUGGCACUCUCGAUAUAUAAUACAGGCCUUGCAGAGAUUUGACAGCUGUCCCUUAUAAGUUAUGUGAAUUAUUAGUCUUGGUGCUGGUGAUAAGUCACUGAGGAACUUUGGAUGUUCGACUUUAUAGAUUGAUUUGGAGCGACACAAAUUGUGAUGGAAUAAAAAGUUUUGCAUUCUGUAUA